AGACCCACAUACUCACGGCUUCGAUCUGGUAGUACCCAACGACCGACCAAUCUACAAACAAACAAGGCCGCUCGCGAUCUUGACGUGCGCGCAAACAUAACCAUACUUGUGCAGUUUUUGGUCACUUGAAGUCAAAGCAGAGACCUGUUCCUGUGUUAGAGGUGAGAGCAGUAUGGCCUACUUUGACGCCGUCUACCCCCAGGUCCACUACACGCAGCUUCCGACCAGAGCCGCGCCGACAGAUGGGUGCUACCUGUUCAUCCUGUUCCCGACCCACGGGGGUAAGAACGUGCAGGAGGCGGGUCAGGACUGUGUGAGGGCCAGUCGCACGGUGGGGAUAUACGGCGGCAGGUUUGUCGGCAUCGCUAGGAAGGUUUUCAGUUAUGGCUAUGACUCGUCGGUGGAUGAAGGCUGUAUCGUUUUUUACUUCCCGUCACGUGAUUCCGCCGACAUGUUCUUCCGGUCAGACCCGAAGUUCAAGCAGCCCGACUUCCCCCAGUGCGCAGGUCACUGUCAGGCGUGGGUGGUGGACCGCCAUUACUCGCCAGACAACGAAGGAGCUCUGAACACGUUCAUGAUCUCGGAGAUCCGCCUGAAGGACCCCGACUGCUACAUGCACUACAAACACAACUUCGCCACGCCCUUCGCCGACCUCCUCCAGAAGUACCAUGCCCAGCCCUACGUCGUGCAGACCUCCAGUGUGAUGGGCAUCAGGCGCUUCUACAAGGACCCCAACCACAUCGUCACCGUCCACUUGUUCCGGAGCCCCCUCAACCUCGAGGAUGUCAUGAACGAUGGAAUGUACCAGAGCCUUAGACAAACUCACAAUUCACUCGCUUACGAAAUGACAACAGUUUUCACCAUCGACCCGAGGGCCUGUCCAUAGCCUUGGUAACGUGACACCCCUGGCGCGUGGAGACGACUACAGUAGAAAGGAUAUGCACCCAUGACGUCUGAUUGCCUCCCUUACCUGUUUAUGAGUCUGAGAUGCUGCACGUGCUGGCAGUGCAACAUCAUCGUCCUCCAGUCUAUCGGCAUCAGGAGUUGUCGGGGGUGACUAAGGUCUGGACAUUUGGUAGCUGUGGCAAAUCUAAAAAUCUUGUCUUUGUCUGCUCAAAUUUUGUAAUGAAUAUGUAGAAGUUAAUCACCGGUCUCAGUACCCCACGCCAGUGUUUCACGGCACCAUUGUGUGCACGAUAUCUGCACCUACACUUGGAAUGAGUCCCCUUUAACAAAUCGCUACAAUCAUCGACCAGGCAAUCCGGUACAGGUGUUCCCUGGCGAUAACGCUGUACAGAUGAAGUGUACCUGAAGACUGUCUGUUGGUGGUAUGCUAGUGUAGUCUAAGGACAUCGUCGGAUCCCAAGAUGUUAUAUAUAUAAUCGUUUCACUAAGGAACCUUAGCAGUACAUAGACUUACGAUAGUCGUGCCGCUAAGAACGUCCCACAAAACGUUCUCAGCGCCACGACUAUCGUAAGGCCCUUUGGCAGAACAACAAAUAUGUACUUCAACUGUGUAUACUAAUCAACUAUUGACAGGGAGACAGAUUACACAUUAUAGUUACACAUGUUUAUAUAUACAGUAAACUACGGUUAUAACGAACACAAAUGGACCACUAAUUUUAGUUCGUUAUAACCGUAAUUCGGUAUAAGCAUACAUACAACAUCUAUACAGCAAAUGGCGGUAACCAAAAAGUAAGUUCGUAAUAUCCGUCAGUUCGUUACAAGCGUGUUGGUUAUAAACGUAUUUUACUGUAUUCAGUUUUGUAUAUCAUUGAAUAACGGAAGCAUCCCUAUCAACCGUUGGGUAGUAUAUGUGAAGGGGAAACGUGGACCUUGCUGGCGUGUGAGGAUACAGCUACUUUCUGUUUGAUGGGCAAGCGACUUUAACGAGGUUCUCUCCAUGCCUUGAAUCAGUUUCAUAUUAUGAUUAAUAAUUUAUCGGUCCCUGGGAAACCAAAAGCUUUACUUCAGUCCUAUUUUACUUUAGCACCGAAUAAUAAUUUCAGUAACAAGACAUGAUGGGAAUGUUUGAAGGGUUCGAAGUGACGAAGUGGAUUGAUUCAGACCUAUUUCUGGGCUUGCCCUAACUUCAUCUUAAAGAUCAUCCCUACUCCACACAAGUAGAACACGUUUGUUUACAAUCGCCUUCAACGGCCGUUCAAAGAAACAGAUUGAAAGACAAAACUGUAGCUAUAUCUUGGUGGCAUUUUAGAUGUUGCCGUAUCACUGAAGAGUGUUUCGGUACAGAUGCUGCUCAAGGACUGGCAUCUGUCCUGAAACGUCUCAUUGAAUAAAGAAUUUGAAAUCCAUAACACCGCCUUAACGCUGAAGAUUUUGUUAAUUUUUUAUUAAUCCAGCUAACCGUAUUAUUAAAAAAAUUAUUUGUAAUUUAAUUUUUCAUCACUAUUUCGACAACCGUGCAAAUUGUUUGAAAAUACAUCUGACACCCCAAAUCAACACGUGACACGUGAUGUCUCGUGACUACAUAUAGCUGGGUCCAGUCAGAUGGCGGCACUAUCCAAUGGUCCAGGUUUUAGCCCGUUGAAGCGUGCACACUGUUCACUUGGCGUUGUGUGUUAAUGUUACAUGUAUAAACUGACUUUCAAUCAAAACGUUAUAGACGCAGGGAUGACAGACAUGAACUCUUAUAACUUUCCAAUCAGGUCUUCUAUGAUUCUUCUUUAACUUCGAUGUGAACUACAACUGUGGGUAGCUACAUCACAUAUACGCAACUUUAUCAGUUUUGUUAUAUUUUUGAAAUUCAUUGAAGAAUUAUGCCAUGUUUGUACCUUUGUAACCCCGUAAGUCCGGCAUUGAAAAGUUCAUAACCUAUAACCUAUGACUCGUUAAUUCGGACAUUUGUAUAUUCGGACGAUUUCACGUUGAUCAGGUUAUUCGGAUUAACGGUUUUCACUGUAUUUAGAUUAAUAUAGAUUGAUGUGGUUGAUAAAGAUAACUUUGAGUUACUCAGAAAUAGCCUUAGUAUACGGUAGAGGCCUGGAUCCGCUGGUCGGGGUUCGAAUCUGUUGGAAUGACUGAACCAACCACGCUCACCCUAGCGGAAUGCCCCGACGCAUCAGUAUACGCAGUCCAGGGGUAGUGUACAGGGCUCGGGGCUUUCAAUGGGGCACUACUGGGAAACCUCCCUAGUCCGGACCACCGUCCGGAUUCACGAGGUUUCAGCGUAUUUCUAAAGAUGUAAAUGUGUCUUAAGUCGAAAUCGUCCUGCGUCAAUCUGUUUAUGCAGUAGCAUUAUAGUUUCUUUUCAGUUUACUUUUCUUUGUUAUUUAUUAACAGUACGUAUUAGCCCCGCAUCAAGCGACACUGUGAUACAUGUAUAUACUAAGAAAUAAAGUCCGUCCAUUUUGUAAA